AUGUCAACAAGUGGGUGGUCCUUCAUGGAUGAAGGCCUGGUGCAGCUGCCUGACCAGGAACCAAGUCCGCAGCCAGGUUCAAAGGACUCUCAGCACUCCCCGCACUUCAAGGCAACAUCUUCAGAGAUGCAGCAGGGGUCCACGCGAGCUGACCAAGGUCCUUUGAGCACGCCGCUCCCAACCACACCGUUGCUCCGACCGCAUCCGGACUUCUUGGAGGAACUCUCCGAGGCCUCGAGCGGCAGCUCCUCUGUCUCCAGUUGCAAGCUCGCCCCCACGGUCCAUGUGCCUUCAGGUCAAUGGAUCAGCUUGAGCCAUCCGAAUGCCAAGUUGAUGCUGGGCUUGCUGGGAGGUCGCGCCGAGGACCAGUGGGACAUUUAG